AUGGACACUGCCAAACCUCAGCCACAGUUUACUGAAACUUACUCUGAAGUCACAGUCAGUUCAAGCGCAGAUGUUCAGAAUCGUCCAAGGAAAGAUUCAGGGACAUCGGAGAACGACAGGGGUGGAGGUGGACGAGCAAGAACAUACCCCUCGCCGUCCCGUAGACGACACAGAACGACCUUCAGCAGUGAACAACUGGAACAGCUGGAAUUAGUUUUCAGACAGAACCACUAUCCUGAUAUCUACUACAGAGAAGAGCUGGCAAGAGCAACCAAACUCAAUGAGGCUCGCAUUCAGGUCUGGUUCCAGAACCGCCGUGCCAAGCAGCGGAAGCAGGAUCGAAUCACCCAGAAAGCACUGCCAGUUGGCAUGGUGCCGGGACGCAGGCCUCUCUUUGGCAGCGUCUGCGUGUCUUCCUCUGCCGUGGGACGGCAGUACCAGUGCCCUCAUUCCCUGCCACACAUACCUCGAUUCUCCUCAGUGCUGCCCCCUGGAGGAUAUCCAACAUAUCCAUCUGCCAACACUCAUUUCUCCUGUUCUCCUGGCCCUGCUCCACAGGCCAGCAGACAGCCUGAUGACUGGUUCAACCAACUGCGUAACAUAGGACCAUCCACCGGUCUGCCUCCCGCUUCAAUGCUUUCUCUGGCUUCUGUAUCUGGACUGGAAACGACUAGUCACUGGAACUAAAGAGAGUAGAGAGAAGAAAAAGAAAACAGCAGCGGAAAAAAUGAAGAGACCAUU